AACCGAUGCUCUAUUAUUUCCACGAUGAUUCUUCUUCCUCCUCCUCCUCUUCUUCUUCUUCUUUCCUUGUCGAUUUGACCAUUCAAAAUAAUUGGAAAAGCAGCGGAAGCUUCUCCAUGCUUAUCUUCUUCCGCAUCCAUGGCGGCGGCAGCUCCUCCAUUGCUAACCUCUAAAACCCUCCUCCCCCUUCUCUGAUGCAUUCCCGCUAGGAGAUUCUUAUUCUGAGGGAUUUCGCGCAAAAAUCUCUCACCUUUGCUCAUCCUAAACGUUCAGAGAUUUUUCUUUUUACUUACUGCUAGUUUUCCCGCUAGGGAGGUAAACUUCUCUGCGCCGAAAAGGAAAAGGCAUCGCCUUUUGGCGAUGAGCUCGACUCCUGCUGGUGCCCCGUCUUCCGAGGCCUCCUCGACGCCGCGGAGAAGCUUCUCUAGUCUGCGCGGUUUCCGGUGGCGGAUCCAUCUUGGGGUGCUGCCCACCUCGCCGACGGCCUCGAUCGAUGAUCUCCGACGCGUCACUGCUGAUACCCGCAGGAGGUAUGCAACUCUAAGGCGUCGACUGCUUCUUGAUCAUCAUCCUCCCAAAGAGGGGGAUGCAUCCCGUGAUCUUACUAUUGAUAAUCCUUUAUCACAGAAUCCAGAGAGUAUUUGGGGUCGCUUCUUCAAAAAUGCCGAGUUAGAGAAAACCGUAGAACAAGAUUUGUCUAGAUUGUAUCCUGAACUUGAUGACUACUUUCACACACCAUUGUUCCAGGCCAUGCUAAGAAGAAUAUUGUUAUUAUGGUGUCUCCAGCAUCCAGAGUAUGGCUAUCAACAAGGAAUGCAUGAACUGUUGGCUCCUCUAUUAUAUGUGCUUCAUGUUGAUAUCAAUUGCCUCUUUCAACUGCAAAAGCUCCAUAAAGAUUGCCUCAAUGAAGAAUUUGAUAGAAUCUCUUUCUCUAAAAAUGAUCUCUUUGAUUAUGGAGCUAGAAAUGUCAGAAAUUGGGAAUCUGGGAUUGAAGCAACUAAUGGUCUUGAUGGGAUGAGCAAUGACCAUGUCACCAAUGAGCUUGAUCCAGAAACAAGAGAUGUACUUCUGUUAUGUGAUCCUUAUGGAGCAGAAGGUGAGUUGGGUGUUAUUGUAUCAAAACGCUUCAUGGAACAUGAUGCUUAUUGCAUGUUCGAGAACCUAAUGGAUGGAGCUCUAGGUGUGGUUGGGUUGGCAAGUUUCUACUCUCCAGUUGUUGGAUCUAGCACAAACAUGCCUCCUGUAGUUGAAGCCUCAUCAGCAUUAUAUCAUUUGCUAUCCAUUGUGGAUUCUUCUCUUCAUAGCCACCUUGUUGAGCUUGGGGUUGAACCUCAGUACUUUGCCCUCCGAUGGUUGCGGGUUCUAUUUGGCCGGGAGUUUUGCCUUGAUGACCUCUUGAUAAUCUGGGAUGAAGUAUUUUCUUUUUCAAAUAGUAGAUUCAUAGGUGAUGAUGCGGAAUACAACUUCAAGGUUUUAUGUUCCCCUAGAGGAGCGCUUAUUACAGCUUUGGCAGUCUCAAUGCUUCUCUAUUUAAGAUCUUCCCUUUUAGCUACUGAAACUGCGACCACCUGUCUACAAAGAUUACUGUCUUUUCCGCAAAAUCCAGAUAUGAGGAAACUCAUCGAAAAAGCUAAAUCCUUGCUGGCUCUUCCUCUUGAAUCAAAUAUAUUUUCCUCUCUAUCUGAAAGAGGUUUAAAAAAGAAUAACCUUGCUGUCAGAAGGUUCAGUCUUCCAUCUGGUUCAGCUUUGCCUAUGACUUUGCCAAAUGUAGUACCUGAUAGUUAUUGGGAAAAGAAAUGGCUAGUGCUGCAUAAGGAUGAAGAACCCAAGAUGCAAAAUUGUGAUUCUAGUUCAAGCGUAAUGACGAAGAUAUUGACUGAGAAAUUAAGUUUAUCUAGGACAAAAUCAGAGCCACUUAAACCAGAAAUUGAUCGUGCUCAAUCUCCAGUUAGUCGACUGAUUUUUAAUGAAACAUCUGCUGGUAUUGAAACUGUACAAGGUUCAUAUCAGGUUGAUGAGUCGCCUAUGAUCCUAAAUGUGAAUGCUACAAACGAUUCUCCCGUGGAACUGGAAGAUGAGAGUACCUAUAAUUGUUCUGCUGAUGAAAAUAUUCUGAGUGAUGAUGACACUUCAGUGUUACCAAUAUCCACAUAUCCUCUUGAUCAUGAAAAUGAAUUGGAGAAAAGCAAUUCAACUACAAGCUUGUUAAUUGAUGGUGACAAUGAAGAUACAAUCAAUUUGGAGGAGCACAGUGGUCAAAACAUCAAAAGUCAGUUCACUCAAAAGGCUGAAACCACUUCUGCUGUUGAUGGUUCAACAGAAGAGAAAUCACUUGCAGCUCCAAAUGCCUGGAGACCACUUGCAGGUAAAUUACAAUGGUUAUGGACGUUCAGCAGAGUCUCUGAUAAAGAAAAUCAAGGGUCACAUCCACCCUGUACCAUGGGAGAUGUCAAACAGAAUAACCUUGAUAAUGAAAUUACUGAUGAGACCGACUACUUUGGAAUUAACAAGAGGAUUGAAAGAGACACAAAAGUGAUGGAUGCUUUAAAAAAUCUCGGACAGUCUAUGCUCGACAAUAUUCAGGUGAUCGAGUCAGUCUUCCAACAAGAAAAGGUUAAAUUUGACACAUUCGAGAACUUGUCAAGCAACAUUCUUGGCAGUAAAGGCCAGACUACAGCUGUAUCAGCUCUAAAGGAACUCCGAAAGAUUAGUAACUUGCUACAAGAGAUGUAAGAUGAAAUGAAUAGAACAUUUAUACAUUAGUAGGUACAUUCUUUUUAGGGAUUUGAUAGCAAAGCCUCCUUUUGGCCAUUCCACUUCGUGGAAGUAAACAUCAGCAAACUUAGACAAGAACAAGAAGUUUUAGAUGAACCAUCCUCUAGUUCUUUUACUUUAAAAGGUAACUGGGAGCUAUCCAGUAUCUGUUGAUUGUUUCUCUGUCAGGCUUGGGAUUUGAAUUAAUAAUACUUCCUGGGCAGUAUAUUCCUUGUGAUUUAUUUUCCCAGGUGUUUAUUUA